GCAAAACCUAGAUAUAAUUGCCAAGCCCGAGGCGAAAUGGAGUCUAACCGAAAGCGCAGAGGUUUCAUCAAAGCAAAGAUGAUUAUGUCUUUGUAUCAAACCAAGAAGAAGACUCCGCCCCCAGAACAAGUUUAUUCUCAGCAGAUGCAUCAAAUUAAGCAGAAGGCUCCGCCCUUGGCUGCCCCCGUGGGUUUCGUAGUCAACCAAGAACAAAUAUUUCCCCAGCAGAUUCAUCAAACAAAACAGGAUGCAGGCUUCAUCAUGAACCAAGAGCAAGUUUUUCCUCAACAGACGCAGAAAGUUUCGAUUGUUGUGCAUGAAAAAGGUCGGGAUUCGCAUGGAAAGUUGGAUAAUUUUUAUUGCAUGGCUGGAGAUGAAUGCAUUGAUGCAAAGGCUGCAAGCUAUAUUUCAAGUGUUCAAGAGAGAUUUAGGGUUGAACAUGUCAAUUCUGAACGUGAAAUGUUUGAAGACAUAUAUACCAGUAAAAACAUUUAGAAAUAGUAUUAAUCUUUGCUGCAUUUAUAUCAUUAUUGCUAGCUGAAUGAAAUUAUCAUGUUGUGAUGAAUGAGAUGUUGGUAAAUAGUGUAGAUAUUUGCUGUUUGUAAUA